AUGAAUUCUGUGCACAGUCAUGUCAGGUCCAUUAGCCUGCCCUCUCGGUUACAUCACAAUUCUCUCAAGAUUGAGGCAGAGUUAACCAACCUAAAAUCAUCUGCUUCUAAUUCAAAUUGUCUGCACGCUGAGACCAUUCAACUUGGCUUGACUAAGCUAGCUGAGUUGUUUAUUUGCAUUGAGGAACUCACUCACUCUCCUCAAAACCAACAAGUUUAUCACCGCCAGCUUUUGGAAGAGGUCCUCGAUGGGUCCGUAGAAUUGGUAGACGUGUGCAGCACUGCUAGAGACCUGUUCUUCACAAUGCAAGAACACAUCCGUGACCUGCAAUCAGCGUUGCGUAGAAGGGGUAAAGAUUCAUCAAGCAUCGAAAGUAAUGUUCAAGCUUAUAUUAGUUUCAGAAAGAGAGCUAAGAAACAAGUCACAAAGUCGCUUGCAACGUUGAAGAAACUUGAAAGCAAUUCCUUAUCCUUUCUUCCUACAUUGGACGAGGAGCAGCACUUAUCAUAUGUAGUUAAAGUGAUAAGAGAAGCACAUGCCAUUGCAGUUACCAUGUUUCGAUCGGUCAUGUUGUUCUUGUCUCCGCUGGCAGCGAAAACAAACAUCGUUGGCUGGUCAUUGGUAUCGAAACUGAUACGUCCAGGAUCGCUUGCUUAUUCUGAUAAAGGUGAAAAGAUUUUCAAUGAGGUGGAGAAAGUUGAUGUUUCUGUCUGCUGUAUUCAUGGAAAAAUCAGGAAAAAUAGCGAAGCCAAGAUUGAUCUGCAACAAGUACAAGAUAGAUUGGAGACGCUUGCUGUUAGCAUCAACGAUGUUGAGGCUAAAUUAAAUUGCCUGUUUAGAUGCUUAAUCCAAAAUAGAGUGUCUCUUCUCAAUCUUGUGACCCCAUGA